CGAAAUUCCCAAGCACGCAUCGAGAUCUCUUGAGGCCCCUGCUCCUCGCCUUUGACGUGCACAACCCCCAGUCUCAGAUCACACCACCACCAUGGGGAGCAUACCGGCGGCGGCGGCGGGGCCGGGCACGGAGCUGGAGGACCUGCCGGAGGACGCGCUGCUGUGCAUCCUCGUCCUCCUCGCGCCGCCCGACGCCGCCGCCGCCGCAUGCUCCUGCCGCCGCCUCGCCGCCGCCGCAUCCUCUCCGGCGCUCCCGCUCGCCCUCGCGCUCCGCCUCGGCCUGCCACCGCCACCGCCGUCUCACCCGCUGCUCCCCGCCGCCCCCUGCCCCGCCGACGCUCGCAGGCUCCUCCGAUCGCUCCACCGCCUCCGCCGCCUCCUCGGGCUCUGGCGCCGCCUCCCAUCCGGCUCCGGCUACGCUUCCUCGUCCCUGUCCUCCCCGUCCCUCGCCGCGUUCGAGUGGGCCCCGCGCGCCACUCUCGCGGCGUCAUUCCUCGCCCCCUCCGCGCACGGGGACGUUGGCGUCUCCAAGUCCCCCUUCGUGACGCUUUCCAUCGAGGAGUCCGGCGACACGGUGGCGGUCGUUGGGGAAGUGUCGGUCUGCGUCAAUUUUGUCGGGAACAACCACAUUGUGGUGGAGGCGGUGGUGGGUGAAGAUGAGGAGUUUGAAAUGGUGAGCGGUUCUCCGCCGGAGGAGAUCUACGCGCACUUUGCCAAUAGGAGGAGCCCUGGGGCAGGUAGGAGGAGGAGGGGCAAGCAGGGGAGGAAAGGAGGCGGGAUGGAGGCAGAGCACUUCGUGAGGAUUGCGGACACUGAGCCGACGAAGGCACGGCCACUGCAAGGGCUGUGGAAGGGUAUAUGCGAGGAUAGGACUUUGGAAUUUUACCUUGUCACCUAUGAUGACAUUGGUGGAGUAACUUGUCGACGAUUUAGGGAUACACAGAGCCAAAACUCUGGCUACUCUCCUGUUUUUUGGACAACAGAUACUACAUUUCUUGAACCACCAUUCUCUGAGCAAGAGCUGGUUAAUUAUGCCAGCCGCGAUCAUAUCCAAGGUGUUACUUCCAAUCAUGCAGGCGCUGAGAACAGGGUUGUCUCAAGGAUAUUACGCAUCAAUUCCAGUUAUGAUGUGGUUGAUACUCAUCUCUCAACUCCCUUGGAUGAUGGGAGGAGCGUGGAGGGAAGGAUUUGGCUAUAUGAGGAUGGAACCUUCGGUUUUGGAUUUGUUGGCAGUAAUUCAAUUAUAGAUCUGAGGCAUGUCUCCUCGGCUGGCUGUAUUCUUGAUACUUAACAUUAGAUGAUCUGGAUCUUGCUGGCACAUAAUUUUUGCCAGCGAGCCCCUUGUACAGUACUUGGUGUGAGGCAUGUUGCCUCCGAUUUGUUGUACUCUCGAUGAUAAGGUCACUGAAUACUGGUCCCUUCUGGCACUUAGCUGUUGCUAGAAUGCCCUUGUAAACCGAACCUUGGUUCCUUUGGGCAUGUACUUGUUGACAUAAUACCGAUGUAUAUUACAGUACUAUUUGUUCAUUGAAUUCCAAUAAACUGCAACUGUUACUUC